AUGGAUACCAUCUAUUCUGCCACUUAUAGCAGUGUCCCGGUUUACGAGUUUAAGAUCGAGAAUGAGAGUGUUAUGAGGCGAAGAAAUGAUGACUGGGUCAAUGCAACACACAUACUGAAAGCUGCAGGCUUUGAUAAGCCUGCCAGAACUCGAAUUCUUGAGCGUGAAGUGCAGAAGGGCGUUCAUGAAAAGGUUCAGGGUGGUUAUGGCAAAUAUCAGGGAACAUGGAUUCCUCUGCCAGAAGGCCGCAUGCUCGCAGAACGCAAUAACAUUCUCACUAAGCUUCUUCCAAUCUUCGACUACGUCGCCGGAGAUCGUAGUCCUCCACCCGCCCCAAAACACACCUCGGCGUCUUCCAAACCGAGACAGCCACGAAAGUCCACGACUAAAUCAACACCCACUGCUAUCAAGACAAAGCGAAGCAUGGGACCUCCUAUCAUUCCUCAGGAGCAAUAUGAAAUGAGUACUGGAUUUGAUGAUAGCGAGUCAAUUGAGCAUGCUACCAUUGAAUCAUCUUCGAUGAUUGCAGACGAAGAUAUGAUGCAACUGUCCCAGAAUUCAGGCAUGAAGCGCAAGCGCGGAGCUGAAGAGUCCUCACUUAUCUCCGCCUCUAACCAGGAGCACACCAUGUAUGGGGAUCAGCUUCUCGACUACUUCAUGACCGUCGGUGAUGAUCCACAGGCGACACGCGUGAAUCCUCCUCAACCCCCGACGCGAUUCCAGAUCGACCGCCCUAUUGAUGACUCUGGGAACACUGCUUUGCAUUGGGCUUGCGCAAUGGGUGACCUCGAAAUCGUGCAAGACAUGCUUCGCCGAGGUGCCGAUAUGAAAACAUUGUCUGUUCACGAAGAGACGCCGCUAGUCCGAGCCGUCUUGUUCACCAACAACUACGAAAAGCGAACAUUCCCUGCAUUAUUGGAGCUGCUGUUGGAUACUGUCUCGUUCCGCGACUGGUUCGGUGCCACUCUGUUUCAUCAUAUCGCGGAAACUGCCCGAAGCAAAGGAAAAUGGAAUAGCUCAUUGUACUACUGCGAGGUUAUUCUUCAAAAGCUUUGCCAGGCCUAUCAACCGGUCGAGAUUGACAUUCUUCUUGCAUGCCAAGAUGACAACGGCGACACGGCUGCUCUCGUGGCUGCGCGCAACGGAGCUUUCCGAUUGGUAAACAUGCUUCUCCCACACUGUCCGCGCUCUGGGGACCUCGUAAAUAAACGAGGAGAUACAGCCAAUAUGAUCCUUGAACGGGCUCAGUACAACAACGACAUGCAAAUGUCGUCCAUCACUAUGACCAAUGAUCAUGUCGACGUUGAAGCGAAUGGGAUUGUCCCAGCAGACUGCCAAUCUGUAGUUGCUGCCGUAGACCCUACAGCCACCUCGGAUCUGCUCGCCAGGGUCGGCGCCGUCAUGACGGAGGCUAACAAGAAACUUGCCGUGCUGUAUAGCAACAAAUCGAAGCCUAGUCACCGAAAGCCCGAUGACAGUGAUGUUGAUAACCCAGAAGCCCUGUACGAACACAUCGAGGCAGAUCGCGCGAAAAUCCGAGCGGAGACGAUCGCCUUGAAAACGAAGUUAGCGGGAUGUGGACUCCUUGAGGAAAAGCAAGCAGAGUAUGAGAGUCUAUAUGGUGAUUACCAGUCACUGGUGGAACAACUGCAUACCACCCGUCUUGCUACGGAAAUUUCUAGCGUGGAAGAGAUUCCUGAGGUCUCGGGCUUAUCCAAAAAUAGCCAAGAUGAUCUCUUGCACAUUUAUCAACUUGCACGCGAAUUAUUCGAUGCCCAGUUAAGCCGUCGUGACGCCGUCAGAGAGCUCACCCAACAAUCGGCAGACGCUGGUGGCAGCACCACACUCGAACACCGCAAAUUAGUUGCUCUUGCUACUGGACUGAAAGAGGAGGAUCUUGAUCCGAUGGUUGCUGAGCUGGCUGAGACUCUCGAAUUCGAUAGGGAGAACUCUUCGCCUGUUCCCGAACGACGUCCAUCCAUCUCGCGUCCUGAUCAACUCACAUCAAUUCCGGAGUCUCGUCCUGGUGGUCCGGUCGACGUUUAA